UUAGUGUUUCCUCCCGGAUUGACAGUCGGAUUGCAUGAUCACGUGACACUUCGCCGGCCUUUGAUUUAUGUACAGUAGUCAUUCCUCUCCCCUUAUGUUCUUGUGUAGUAGUUGAAUAAGAGGGAAGAUGACAGGGAGAUAACUUGCAUUAUUAAACACACAUUUAUUUGGCACUACACGCACACUAGUGUGAGACGGUACCCUUGGCACGAAAUCGUCAAUAGUCGCCGGGGAACCGGGCCCGAGACGAGUAAGAAACCAUGGCAGAGUCAGACAGGUCACCGCUGAAGCACUUUGUGGUGGCUAAGAAAAAGAUCUCCACUAUCUUUGAUCAGCUUUUGGAAUACAUCACCGAAGGAGCAGAUUUUGUAGAAAAAACAUAUAGGAAUACAGAGCUCAAGCAGAUAGCAACGGAGCAGCAAGCCUCGAUGAUACAUGGAUAUACAAAGAAACUGGCAGUGAUCAGUGAAGUGCUGGCACGGAACCACAUGAAAGUGGCGUUUUUUGGCAGGACUAGUAAUGGUAAGAGUUCAGUUGUCAAUGCCAUGCUGUGGGAUAGGGUGCUGCCCAGUGGGAUUGGACACACCACAAACUGCUUCCUCAGCGUGGAGGGGACAGAUGGUGACAAGGCCUACCUCAUGACGGAAGGGUCAGACGAGAAGAAAAGUGUAAAGACAGUAAACCAGCUUGGCCAUGCACUCCAUAUGGACAAAGACCUAGAUGCUGGCUGCCUAGUGAGGGUUUUCUGGCCCAAGACUAAGUGUGCUCUCCUGAGGGAUGACCUGGUGCUAGUGGACAGUCCUGGAACUGAUGUUACGACUAAACUGGAUAGCUGGAUUGAUAAGUUCUGUCUGGAUGCGGAUGUCUUUGUGCUGGUAGCUAACUCUGAAUCCACUCUGAUGAAUACUGAGAAGCAUUUUUUCCACAAAGUAAAUGAACGUCUUUCAAAGCCAAAUAUCUUUAUUUUGAACAAUCGAUGGGAUGCAUCUGCCUCAGAACCCGAAUGCAUGGAAGAUGUGCGCAAGCAGCACACAGACCGCUGUAUCAGCUUUCUUGUGGACGAGCUCAAAGUGGUGGAACGUGAACAGGCCCUGAAUCGGAUCUUCUUUGUGUCCGCUAAGGAAGUGCUGAAUUCCAGGAUGCAAAGAGCUCAGGGACUGCCAGAAGCAGGUGGUGCAUUAGCUGAAGGAUUUGAAGCUAGACUACAAGAGUUCCAGUGUUUCGAGAGAACCUUUGAGGAGUGUAUCUCGCAGUCAGCAGUGAAAACAAAGUUUGAGCAGCACACAAUCAGAGCUAAACAGAUCACUGAGACAGUGAAAGGAAUCAUGGAUGACAUCAAUAUCCAAGCAGCGGAUAAAAGGAUCAAUUUGUUGAAGGAGAGAGAUGACAAGAUGGAUCAAUCAGACUAUGUCCGCUCUCAGCUUGGUUUACUGACUGAGGACAUUAAGGAGAAAAUCAAGGCUGUUACACAAGAAGUAGAAACAAAGGUUUCCACUGCGAUGACAGAUGAGAUUUGUCGCCUUUCUGGGCUGGUUGACGAAUUCUAUUCAGAUUUUCAUCCCUCACCACAAGUGCUAGAACGGUACAAAAAUGCGCUGCACAAGCACAUAGAGGAAGGCAUGGGGAGAAGCCUGGCUGACCGCUGCUCCAAUGCAGUUAAUGAAUCGGUCCAAAAUUCCCAAAAAAACAUGAUCGAAAACCUGAAGCCUCUGCUGCCCUCUAGUGUCCAGUGUCAACUGCACAUGCUGAUUCCAUGCAGGAAGUUUGACCUGAGCUAUGACCUAAACUUCUCCUCACUCUGCAUUGAUUUCCAAGAGAACAUUGAAUUCCGGUUCUCCCUGGGCUGGACUUCAUUAGUAAACCGCUUUUUGGGUCCAAAGAAUGCACACAGAGCACUGCUGUUGAUGGAAUCAAGUGCACAGAUUCCUCGACCUUUAGCAACAACCUCUUCUGCACCCAACAUUCAUGCCCUUACUCCGGAAAAUGUGUCCCAGGAAGAGCUUAUGUUUUCCAUAGGGACGGGCUUGGCUUCUCUCACUUCAAAGUCAUCCGUGACUCUAGUCCUUGUCACUGGUGUGGUCUGGAGAACGAUAGGCUGGAGACUGAUUGCUGCUUCCUUUAGUUUGUAUGGGCUUUUGUAUCUGUAUGAAAAGCUAACCUGGACAACCAGAGCCAAGGAGAGGGCAUUUAAACAGCAGUUUGUAGACUACGCAACAAAGAAACUCCAGAUGGUAGUUCGCUUUACCAGUGCAAACUGCAGUCACCAAGUUCAACAGGAGAUGACGACUACCUUUGCACGGCUGUGCCAACAAGUGGACCUCUCUCAGAAAAACCUGUCUGAAGAAAUCAAUAGGCUCACCAUGAAGAUCGAUCAGCUGGAUGUGGUUCAACAUCAUUCAAAGAACCUUAGAUAUAAAGCGACCAGGCUUGAGACAGAAUUGGACAGUUUUAUAAAUCAGUAUUUGCAGCCACAGCAGUGAGGAUUUCCUGCCUUCACUGAACAUCUUAUUUAUUCUGCAAAACCUUUAUUCAGGGAGCCAGUGGUGCAGGGUUAUAUAUCUAGGUCACUAUUAAAAAUAAUUAUUCACUUUCUAAUUAUUUUAAAUAAGAUCUAUACAUUUGAUGAAUACCUUUUAAUAGUUUCUUAAUUUGUAUCUUUAAUUAUAAAAUGGUUUGUGUUCCUCCAUUUUUAGAACAAGUUACUUUUAAGGAAAUGGUCACCUCUUUUCCUAUGACUUUAUAGUAGUUACAGUUUUAUCAAGAUUUCCAUGAUUAUUUUGUGUAACUUCUUGUCUUCUGUGUUUUGUUAACUUACAAAGUAUAACAUCAAGCCAUGACAGGAAGGCGAUCCUUAAAGGAAAAAAUAUACUUUUUUUUUUUGUUAUUUCAAUACACACAAAAAAAGUUGUCAUCUUGUUUUUAAUUGUAACGGCAGCUUAUCUGCUUUAUUUUCUAUAGUAUACUCCUAAUAAAAUAUUGUUCAUGUUAAAUAAGAAUUCUAAAAGGAGACCCCACCCUCCACCUUUUUGAAAACAAAGAAUUGCUGCCUUGUUUCUUUGAACAAGCAGCCUGCUGUAAUCUACUUUUUUUUUUUUUUUUUU